AUGAGUUCUUUAGGGAGAAAUGAAUCGAAAGCGGAAAAAGACAGGCAAAAACAAAUUCAGGAUAAAUGUCAAGCACUUUUAACGCAAAUGUUAAGAGAUGAAGAUAAUAAAUAUUGUGUCGAUUGCGAUGCCAAAGGUCCAAGAUGGGCUUCGUGGAACCUUGGUGUGUUCUUAUGUAUCAGGUGUGCUGGAAUACAUAGAAACCUAGGAGUUCACAUAUCUAAAGUGAAAUCUGUUAAUUUGGAUUCAUGGACUCCUGAGCAAGUUGUUAAUUUGCAACAAAUGGGUAAUUCAAAAGCUAGAGCUGUGUACGAAGCCACAUUGCCAGAUUCUUGGAGGAGACCGCAAACCGAUUUAAGCUUAGAACAUUUUAUUAGAGCUAAAUAUCAACAUAAAAGAUAUAUAGCUAAAGAAUGGGUGCCUCCUCCGAUACCUAAGGUCGAUUGGGAUAAAGAAUUAGAGGAAGAAGCUGAAAAGCAAAAAAAGAAAAAAAAAGACAAACCUGUUCCUUUGGCUAAUAGGAAACAGUUAACUGAUGCAGCAGUACCGCCCGCAUUACCCAAACCAAAUUCAAGUCCUAAAGCUUUAAGAACGAAAAAUGAAUCGACUAAUAAAAGUUCGGCUGUCGAUUUAUUGGGCUUAAAUUCUCCAGUGUCUGGCACUCCUUCGAACGCAAGCGGUAGUUCAGAUGAUGUUUUUUCAAACUUUUUGAGCGCACCACCAGCAAGUGUAAGUCCCAACCAUGACAAAAAUCAAUCUCCGGGUAAGACGGGAGAAGUAACAACAACAACGGAGAACACGACGACGACGACGACGACUACGACGACAACUCGAUCGGCCGAAGAAGAAAGUUUUUUCAAUCAGUCAACAAUCAAUACGGAAAAAAAACUUAGCAAGGAUUCCAUUUUGGCUUUGUACGGAUCGAGCAAUGUUCCAAACCAAAACGCUGCCACCAUGUACAAUAAUGCAGGUUUGUACCAGCAAACAAUGAAUUCAUUCCAACAGAUAAAUCCUUAUCCGAAUGGCGUUAAUCAAGGUUUUGCUACAAGUGCACCUCAACCUGCCAUUCACGGUUCGAAUCCAUUUUUCAACAUGUACGGCAAUCAGUUACCCAACAAUCAAUUUCCGUUUCAGUCUUUCUCACAGCAUGCUAAUUAUUCAGCUAGUUCACAAAGAAAUCAAUCUCAAAAUGGUGACUUACUCGGAGGAGAUUUUUCCAUUGGUGGCAGUGGUAGUGGUAGUGGUAGUAGUAGUAUUAUUAAUAAUAAUAAUAAUAAUAAAGGAGAGCUUGCGCAACAAAUGUCGGGAUUAAACUUGAAUCCCGGUCCAACUGGACAAACUCUUCCGCCGCCGCAACCACCUCCUCCAUCAUCAUCAUCAUCAUCAUCCACCCCGUUGUUCGGAUCAAUGACAAAUUAUACGGGAGGAAAUUAUCUGACUACUCAUCAACAGCCCAACGCGAAUCAAUCGAUGGCGGGUCAAACGUUCACGAUGCAUUUAUGGCAAUAA